GUGAGGAGCACCAAAACCGCGUGCACUACCCACUCUUGUAGGUGCUCGUAGAUCGGGGCGGCGCCCGCUGCCCGCUGCCCGGACCGUUCUAUAAUGCGCCGCGACGCGACGCCGCGACGACGACUUCACUUUUGUUCUGCCUAUUCUACUCCACUCUACUCCUGUCAACACGUUACGCGUCGGCAUCAGUUGGCACAGUGAAACAAGGUGGCGAGGUCCGAUUCGCGCGUUAAUCCUACCGAUAUACCUAUGGCGACCAUGAGCAACAGCAAUGGAUCAACAAUGCAGAUUAACACUCGACCUGACGAUAUUCGGAAACGGAUUAUUGGAUCGGAUGACAGUGCCCAGGGAGAUUCGACAACAUGCGGGAAUAUCUUGGUGAUAUUAUCUUGGAUUGUUGUAAUAUUAACGAUGCCGUUUUCUCUCUUUGUUUGUUUCAAGGUUGUACAGGAGUACGAAAGAGCUGUCAUAUUUCGAUUAGGACGUCUUCUCUCAGGCGGUGCUAAAGGUCCCGGAAUCUUUUUCAUUCUGCCGUGCGUGGAUAACUAUGCCCGCGUUGAUUUGCGAACGCGUACAUAUGACGUACCCCCGCAAGAGGUUUUGACGAAGGAUAGCGUUACAGUAUCUGUUGAUGCAGUAGUUUACUACCGUGUUAAUAACGCGACCAUUUCAAUUGCGAAUGUUGAGAAUGCGCAUCAUAGUACGAGGUUAUUGGCUCAGACGACCUUAAGAAAUACCAUGGGGACGCGACCACUUCAUGAAAUAUUAAGUGAACGGGAAACAAUCUCCGGAAACAUGCAGGUUUCUCUAGACGAAGCGACUGAUACCUGGGGAAUAAAAGUGGAACGAGUCGAAAUCAAAGAUGUACGAUUACCCGUUCAACUGCAACGAGCUAUGGCAGCGGAAGCCGAAGCUGCACGUGAAGCACGUGCUAAAGUGAUUGCCGCAGAAGGUGAACAGAAGGCCAGCAGGGCUUUGCGGGAGGCAUCGGAAGUCAUCGGCGAUUCACCGGCUGCUUUGCAACUCCGUUAUUUGCAGACACUGAAUACAAUAUCAGCGGAAAAGAAUUCUACCAUCGUGUUUCCGCUACCAAUCGAUAUGAUGACAUACUUUAUGAAAGCUUUACCAAGGGAAUAAUUAUGUGAAAAAGAGAAAGAAAGAAAGCGCAUGUCACGUUUCGCAGUAUAUAACGACCGAGAAGAAGAAUAACAAUUUCCCUGAAGUUUUAUGAGAGAUGUUUGACGAUUUAUUUGUACAUUUGAUAUGUGUGCUUGCGUAUUACAUCCAUAGGCUGUGUUCAGGAAAUGCGCUAUCAGUGCUAAUAUGGGAGUGCAUUAUUAUUGCUGUUAUGGUUUAUUCUUUUUUUACUGGCAAUGCAGUCAUUAUGACGUCACAAUAGUCCACUGCCGUUCCAAAAUUAUUUUGGUACUGCCAGCAGCAUUGUGACGUGUUUCAGAACAGCAUUGCAGUAGUUGCAGUAGACUUAUAGAUACGAUGGAUAUACAAACGUACUAAAUCAAACUAUCAAUACGUUAAAUUAGAGGUUUCGAACAAAAGCAGUAGCGAUAGUUCUUUCAAAGAACUUAUUUGUUUCUAGAUCUAAUAACUACUUUUUGCGCUUCUUAAUUAUUUGACGCUGUAUUGCACUAUGUCUAAUCUCGAAAGCUACAAUAAUUGCAAUGAAAAUAUGGCAUUUAUGACGUCAUUAAUAGAAAUAGAUGCUCUCACAGCACACUGCGUGAUAAUAUAAUGUUCCAGUACUACCAGUAUUAGCAAUAUACAUCGGAACAUCUCUAAUGCAAAUUUUUUGAAAUUAUAAUGAAUAAUGAUGAAAUAUUACUGA